UUAGCAUCUUGACCAAAAAGCCAGUCACGCUAGCGAGAGUAUCCAACACGGCUGGUUAUUCCUUUGAAUCGUCGAAAUUUCUUUCAUUCUUUUUUUAAUUAAUUAUUCUAAUUGCUCGAAUCUUAAUCGAUCGAUUUUCUAAUUGUCUAUCGAACAGGACGAUGCAAUGGGCGAAGGAAGGAGAGAACGUUCUAGUAAAAGACAAAGAUCAAACUAUGGAGUCAACAAGUCAUCAUCGGAUUCUGAGCUAGCCCAGGAUAAGAAGAAUAAAGGACGAAAAAAUAAAUUGAAGGAACGAUGGCCAUUCGCGGAUGGAUUGACGGUCGACGAACUUGCUCGUUAUAGAAGAAGACGCGUGGAGGGUCAUCCAAAAGAUAAUGUUGGUACUUGUGCCGAGUUCGACGUACUUGAGAAGGAUUUUUUAACCGAAUAUCGUCGCGCUUUUCGUGCAAAAAGUGAAGAACUUCUUAAGGAAAAUAUUUGGCCAGUGAAGAGCAAACGACCAUCGAGUUUUCUCCGAUUAGAUGAUGUCGACAAUGAUGUAAAACAAUACUACAGUCAAGAUUUUCAAAAAUAUGAACAACUAGAGCUUCCAUCGAGAAGAACGGAACAAAAUUCGUCUUUUAUUCUUGCUGAAGGAGACGGAACAAUGGAAACUCAAACGGAACAAUCAAAAUUUAUCGCUCAUACGAACGUGAUAGGUCGACCACCGAUCAUUAGAAGAGGUACCAGUUUAAAGCGAGAAGGUAAUCUAUACACGGACACAGAAAUGUAUUCAGCUUACGUGCCUCAUCAAGGCCAACAUAAGGCGGAAUUAGCUCGUAGGCCAACGUCCUUGAAAAUGGAGGGUGAAAUGGAAACAAUGACCGAGAAGUGUGAGAAGUUCAUUCAAUGGUUAAACGUCAGCAGGCCAGAACUUAUGCGUGUACCAACGCAACUUAAACUCGAGGGUGAACUCGAGACUACCACAGAAAAUCAUGAGAAAUACGUCCCUUUUGUUGGGGCGAGAAGGCCAGAAUUACUUAGGCAAGGUACGAGUUUAAAACUCGAGGGUGCAUCAGCUUUCGUGGCAGAAUAUUCUGACGUUUUCAAGGAGCACGCAGUCACUGAAAGACAACCAGUAAGGAAACCUGAAACCCAUUUGAAAACUGGUAAUAAGUUCUUCGAGAUUACGGAAAACAAGAACAAUUAUAUCAAUCCUCGUGUUAGAGAAGCUCAACUGAUGGCAGAAUUAGCAAGAGAUAUCGAAGAAGAAGAAAGGGAAGAAGAGGAAAAGAAAAGAAAACGAGAAGAGAAAGAGGAAGAAGCAAAGAAGGACAAAGAGAUGCAAAUGUUAGUGUCGAAAUUGGAAGAAUUGAAGAGUCCACCCUUAGAAAUUCCAGAAUACAAAGAUGCCUACAAAGACUUUCCAAGAGAACGACCAACAUUCGCAAAACCCGAAGACGAGAUUGGUCGAGCUGAUGGUUCCAAAGUACUCUCUUCGCCAACUCGUUUGAAAUUUUCAACAAAAAUUGAUCAAGACCCAGAAUAUAAAUCGAAGUAUCUUGAUUAUUCUAAAGAUUCCUUCGUUUAUCGUAAACCACCGUUGGCAUUAAGAACCACUGCAGUUUGCUCUGAUCGUUCUACCUGUAACAAAUAUAAUUUUUAUGAGACCAAACGAUACGAUUACGACGAGCCAACCAGCGAAGUAAAAUCACAAUACGUUCCUUAUGGUCACAUUCCUCGUGUCAAACCUCUGAGGAUGCCAGCUAAUUUACGAUUGGAAGGUAGUCUCGAUCUACAACCAGAAUAUAGAAAUGCCUAUUGUAAUCAACGUGAUUAUUAUCGAUCUUCCUGUGAUCUUAAAAAACAAAGAAAUAGUGAGAGAAGUCUCAGUGCUACAAGAAAGAAAGAUAAUUAUUGGAUAAACAAUAAUAACAGCGAGAGAUUUGGUUGUGUAAAUGCUGCUGAAGAUCAGGAUGCUUUUCAAGUAUUGAAUACUCGAAUUCAUGAGGAUAGUAUCAUUGGUAAACCUCCACCAAGUAACAGAAGACAUUAUAGAACAUCGCAGAAUCAAGAACCAAUACAAUCAGAUCCUAUUGAUGAUCGUACUAUAUUAAGAAAUCGAUCACCUAGUCCAACUUAUCGUCUUCACGUUUGCAACGUCGAUGAUGAACCACGUGGUUUUGGUCAACGUAAACGUUCAACGCCAAUCGAGUCUUCCGAAAGAUCACAUGAUCCAUUGCCUGAUCGUUUGAAUAGAAACAACAUUCAUAGACCGUAUUCUCCUAGUUUCGGUAGAAAUGAUACCAAAGAACAAUUGGACAAUGAGCAAUCCUUCGUCGUUUUGGAUAAUGUCAAUAAGUGUUGUAAUAAAAGGGAAACGCGUAGAAAAAGAUUGGAAAAAAAUUAUAACGUAGAAAAUAAUUUAUCAAUGACCAGAGGAAGACCAAGAACACCAACAAAUUGGAUGCCACCUUGGUACGAUAGUACUAAUACGAUCUAAUUCAUUAUGGAUCAUUGAAGUAAUCAUAAAUUGAUAGAUAACUCUUUAAAGAGUAUAAAAAAAAAAAGAAUUCUUAGACAAAGUUAUACAAUAUGCUAUUAAUAGAAAAUAUGAUCCUAGAAAUGAUACUUUAGCUACAUGUACUGCCUACUAAUAAGAUAUGAUUUAUUUAUUACAUAAUAUUCUAUGUUCAUGUAUACGUGAAAGGCUGAAUAUCAGGUCUAUAAAAUGAUAUAAUUAUAUCACGAGCAUGAUAUUAAAACGCACAAGAUACGUACUGCAAAAAAAA